AGAAGUGCCAUUGCCGGGCCCGACCGGGAUCCAAAAUAUUCCAAGAUCUGAAUGAAAAUCCUAGGAUUCCAGUUAUUAGUUCAUUGGUGAUAUCACAUGCAUUUGCGUCGAGUUUAAUCUCAAAUUGAGAAGAGCGAUUCUGCGUCUGCUGAAGGCAGAUAAAAUUCAUAAAGAAACGACUUGAAUUUGACAAAUCUCAGUUAGGAAGAGAUGAAGAGUGCGAUGACAGUAUUCAGAAGUGUGCGGCUCAGCGAGUUCGCAGUGGCGUUUCGCACGUGCUAUAGGAAAUACUGCACUACAGAGAAUUAUCCGACGACGACUACAGAGAAUUAUCCGACGACGACUACAGAGAAUUAUCCGACGACGACGACAGAGAAGGUGAUCCAUCCGUAUUACCGAAUUCAUCCGUGGAAAUCGGAGAAUGAAUUUGCGAAGGAUUUACUGAAGAACGUUAUUUACAAUUCAGGUGGAAUAAUUGCAAUAAACAAACCAUAUGGCAUAUCCUUAUAUUCAAAGCCAGAUACAAAACCACAUCUGUUUUCAUAUCAUAAGAUUGUAGGAGCAGUAGAUUAUUCUAUAAACGAUACUUUGUCAUAUCUUGCAAAGGAGUUAGAUGUACCGACGUUAAUACCAUGUUUAGGAGCAGAGAAAUAUGUGAGCGGCGUAUAUAUUUUCGGAAUUAAUGAAAAAGUGUGCCAUCAAUUAGAAUUGUCAAGAAGACGAACUCAAGGUAAAUACAAAAAAUAUUGGGCAAUCACAACUAGAGUUCCAAACGAGAUCAAAGGAAAAUAUCGUUUAGCAAUGAUUUUAAAAAUGUCUGCAUUAAGAGAUAAAAAGCCUAUUAUCGUGACUCAGUGGAGUAACAACAAUGUAAAAAACGAUAAAGUUAAGAUAAUGAAUGUAGAUUAUAAAGUCAUAAGCAAUUCGACGCAUAAUUUAAGUUCGUUAAUAGAAAUUGUAUCAUCUGCAAGAAAAUGGCAUUGUAUCAGGUUAUUCGCUUCUACUAUGCUAUACAGCCCGAUUCUUGGAGAUAAUAUUCAUGGAUCACGAGUCCAAGAAAUCAUGGGUACAUGGUUAAAAAUUGAUCCAUUUGCUGAUUCCACUCAGAAUUUACCAAAAAUAAAUCGACAACUACUAGAGCUACUAGAUAUGAAACUAAGUCAACAAGAAAUUAUUCCAGCACACAUACAUUUGAAAAGUGUACACUUAAUUAUCGGCAAAGAGAAAAAAGAUCUAGUAAUAGAAGCCCCUUUGAUGGAUCCGUUUGAUUGGACUUGCAAACAGCUUAAGUUUAAAAUACCUGAUGAAAUCAGAAAUUCUAUUAAUGAAGAUAAUGAAGAAUUAAUUUACAUGAAUGCACAUGAUGGCAAUUAACUCACAUACUAUCGUUAAGUAUUUUGAUUGUAAUAAAAAGGAUUUUAAUUAAAUUGAAAACAUUUA